ACAGAUGACUAAAUUGAGGGAACGGAUUACUAAAUUGAGGAAACAGAUUAUCAAUAAAUUUUAUUUUUCUCAUAUUUUGGCACCAGGGGGGCUCCGUACCAAACUAAUACUGUAUGGACUGAAAAACUAAUUGCCCACACCGAAUGCCGCUUUGAAUCGACCAAUCGUAGCCAUGCAUGCUGGCUCAAACCUCUGUACGGCAAAAUUCAGGGUGUAAAUAUCACAUUUUCAGUCGGCUGUUAGCAACCGGCUAGCGAGGUAGCUGUCAACUGACUCCGUAGCCAACUUCAAUUAUAUAAAACACUUUAACUUUGUAAGGUUAUGGGCUGUUGUUGUCUUUAAAUAUCCUAUACACAUAAUUCCUUUGAAAACUACUGUCUUCCUCAGCACUGUAGUAAACGGCAUGUGUCUGUGACCUGUGGUUGAGAGGCAGCGAAGAUGGUGACCUACGGAGGCAGUGCGCUCCUCAGGGCUGCUGUCACACUACUGCCAAGCCCAAGCUGGAGUCGAGGAUGCGUGUGGUGUCCAUGCAGGAAAUUUUCUGUUAAACCAGGAGGCCUGAAACCAAAGACAGUUCCUGCUCGCUACCUUGGCCAGCCAAGCCCUUUCACUCAUCCGCACCUCAUCAAACAUGGUGAGGUAACGCCUGGCCUGAGCCAAACAGAAUAUGAACUCCGCCGGCACAGACUGGCCUCCCUCAUCGAGGCCCAGUCGGACAAGCUUGGACCGUCUGCCUCCUCCAGCACUCAUGUGCUCAUCGUUUUGUCCCACCCGACCCGCUACAUGACUAAUGACAUACCUUAUCCUUUCCACCAGAACCAGGAUUUCCUCUACCUGUGUGGCAUCUUGGAGCCUGACAGUGCUUUGGUUCUGUAUGGGAAAGGGCGGCCAGACCAGGCCAUCUUGUUUGUUCCCCGCAGAGACCCAGGCAGGGAGCUGUGGGAUGGACCGCGAUCAGGGAAGGAUGGAGCUGCUGCUUUGACUGGCAUAGAGAGGGUUCAUAGCACAGAAGAACUUGGAGUGGUGCUCAAAAGCCUUAAAGGUUCGAUGCUGUGGUAUGAUAAUUCUCAUCCAUCCCACCCUAGACUCCACCAAGCACAUGUCAGUCCCGUCCUGGAGGCGGGGCCAAUGCCACGCCCCAUAAGUCCCCUAAUUCAUUCACUCAGGGUUCUGAAGAGUUCAUCGGAGGUGGCCCUCAUGCAAGAAGCAGGUCGUAUCACAGCGCAGGCUUUUAGGCGGACAAUGGCUCUAUCUCAUGGAGAUGUGGAUGAAUCUGUGCUCUUUGCUAAGUUUGAUUUUGAGAACCGGAUCCAUGGUGCUAAUUUCCUGGCCUAUCCGCCUGUGGUUGCUGGAGGGAAUCGUGCCAAUACUCUGCACUACAUCAACAACAACCAAAUCAUUAAGGAUGGCGAAAUGGUACUUUUUGAUGGCGGUUGUGAAUAUUUUGGUUAUGUCAGUGACGUGACCCGAACAUGGCCAGUAAAUGGGAAAUUUAGCGCUCCCCAGGCGGAACUUUAUGAAGCCGUCCUGGAGGUCCAGCUCGCCUGUUUAUCUCUUUGCUCCCCGGGUGUCAGUCUUGAUCACAUUUACAGUACCAUGCUGGCACUGUUGGCAAGACAGCUCAAGCGACUCGGCAUCGUCAAGGCCGGUACCAGCGAUGCUGAUGUACUAAAGGCUGCAAGGCAGUACUGCCCCCAUCACGUUGGACAUUAUUUGGGCAUGGAUGUCCAUGACACUCCAGAACUGUCCCGCUCACAACCUCUACAGUCUGGAAUGACCAUCACCAUAGAACCAGGGUUGUAUAUUGGCGAGGAAAAUGAGCAAGCCCCAGAAUGUUUCCGCGGCUUGGGUCUCAGGAUCGAGGAUGAUGUGCUGAUUCGGGACAAGGGGGGGCCCUUGAUUCUAUCCUCUGACGCCCCAAAGACCAUUGCUGAUGUAGAGUUGGCCUGUGCCCAGAGGUAGGGCAGGGAGAGACAUAGCAGUUAUGGUAGGCACUCAUUGCUCUCUACUUCUUGGCUGUCUCCAUGUUGAUGGAAGAUGGUGACACUCUUUAGAACUUCUGUACUCAUCACACACUGAUCAAGUAAAAGAUUAAAUAUCACAGUAGUAUAUUGGCAAACCAACACAACCUAAGAACUAAGAUUUGACUUGUAGAUUUGUCAGGACAUAUUCAGUAUACAGUCCCCUCUAAAAGUACUGGAACAGCAAGGUCAUUUCCUUUUGUUUGUGUUGCAUACUGAAGACAUUUGGGUUUCAGAUCAAAAGAUGAAUAUGAGACAGAAGUUCAGAAUUCCAGCUUUUAUUUCGUAGUAUUUACAUCUAGAUGUGUUAAACAACUCAGGACAGAGCACCUUUUGUUUGAAGCCACCCACUUUUCAAGUGAGCAAAAAUGUUUGGAACAUGUGACUGAUGGGUGUUUCUAGUUGCUCAGGUGUUGCCUUUUAGAUUGAUUGCUUAAACUUUAUAUAGAGCUUGUUUUUGGUCUUGGGUUUCACCUGUGAAAGCUACAUUUGCUGUUAAGCAAACAUGAAGACCAGAGAGCUGUCUAUGGGAGAAAAGGAAACCAUUUUGAAGCUGAGAGAAGAGGGAAAAUCAAUCAGAGCUAUUUCACAAACUUAUUUUUCACUAUGAUGACAGCAACCAUUAAUUACAUACAUGAGGUAACUGUUGUGGGAGAAAUAUUGGAUUCUUAGAUGCAUUGUUAUGUAGAUGUAGCCACUCUUGGGUCUUGGGAAUCCUGUGGGUCUGUGAAAUAACUUGCAAUACAUUCAUAAGGGGCAUAUAAUUAGAAACAAUACAUAAUUAUAUAUAGGAACCACGGUGCCAACAUAACAAUCCAUUUGAGUGAAUAAUUAUAUUGUGGCCCUGUCACUUAUAUUAAUUUUGGGCAAAUUAAAAUUAUGAUUUUGACGUCAUGUAAAUCACUCGUGUCUCUCUAGCCAGUGGUGCACCCAGCUCCUCCUCGUAGCACUUCUCGCUAGCAUAAUGAAUAUAUAUUUAAGUCCAACAAUUGCAUUACGCGAUGUCAAACCCAAAGCAGCAAAACUAGAAAACAUGGUGAGUUGUGACAUUUUUCUAGAUGUUGGUCUGUGUGUGGCUCUGAGGAAGGUGACCACCCUCAAAUGUCAGUGAUGUCAUGCCACAGACCGUGCGCUUCAACUUUGUGUGUGAUAUGAAAUCACGAGAUGAAUGAAUUGAUUUGUGUGUGAUAAGGGAGUGCUAGAGCCAAAUACAUAUAUUUAAUGCUAUAAGCUUAAUUACAGACACUUAAGAGAAUAUCCAUCCAUUUUCUGAGCCCCUUCUCCUCACGAGGGUCGCGGGUGUGCUGGAGCCUAUCCCAGCUGUCAUCGGGCAGGAGGCGGGGUACACCCUGAACUGGUUGCCAUCCAAUCGCAGGGCACAUACAAACAAACAACCAUUCACACCUACGGGCAAUUUAGAGUUGUCAAUUAACCUACCAUGCAUGUUUUUGGGAUGUGGGAGGAAACCGGAGUGCCCGGAGAAAACCCACGCAGGCACGGGGAGAAAAUACAAACUCCACACAGGCGGGGCCGGUGAUUGAACCCCGCUCCUCAGAACUCUGAGGCAGACGCUCUAACCAGUCGUCCACUGUGCCGCCUAUUUCACAAACAUACAUAGCCAAUAUAACAAUUUGGAAUGUCCCGAAAAAGAAAGAUACAACGGGUGUACUGAGCAACAGACAUUGAUGGGUAUCAACAGUAGUUGAUGACAGAAAGAUUGUGAGUGCUAUGAAGAAACACCCAAAGACAACAGUCAGUGACAUUACUGCCAACCUCCACAGGGCAGGGGUGAAGGUAUCACAAGCCGCUGUUCGAAGAAGACUUCACGAGAAGAAAUAUAGAGGCCAUACCACAAGAUGUAAACCACUCAUCAGCCAUAAGAAUCGGAAGGCCAGAUUGUAUUUUUCAAAGACGUAGAGAGAUGAGCCAGAGAAGUUUUGGAACAAAGUUUUAUGGACUGAUGAUACCAAGAUUAACCUCUAUCAAAGUAAUGGAAAGGCCAAAGGAUCUGCUUAUGAUCCAAAACACACAAGCUCAUCUGUGAAGCAUGGUGGAGGUAAUGUCAUGGCUUGGGCUUGCAUGGCUGCUUCUGGAACGGGCUCUUUAUUGAUGAUGUAACUCAUCAUGGUAGCAGCAGAAUGAAUUCUGAAGUCUACAAAACCAUUUUGUCUGGCAAUUUACCUAAAAAUGCAUCCAAACUAAUCAGGAGAAGGUUCAUCAUGCAUCAAGACAAUGAACCAAAACACACUGCCAACACAACAAAGGACUUUAUCAGGGGGAAAAAGUGGAAGGUCUUAGACUGCCCAAGUCAAUCACCGGACCUUAACCCAAUAGAUGCAUUUUACCUCCUGAAGAGGAGACUGAAUGGAGAAACCCUCAGAAACAAACAAGAACUGAAAGAGGCUGCAGUGAAGGCCUGGAAAAGCAUUUCAAAUUAAGAAUGCAGCAGUCUGGUGAAGUCAGUAGGUCGCAGGCUUGAUGCAAUUAUUGCAAGUAAGGGUUAUGCCACCAAAUAUUAAAUGUUAUUCACUUUAAGUUAAUGUAACAAUGUCUGUUUCAAUACCUUUGCUCACUUAAAAAGCAGGUGGGUUCAAACAUAAGGUCCUCUGUCCUGAGUUGUUUAACACAUCUAGAUGUAAAUACUUUAAAAUAAAAGCUGGAAUUAUGAACUUUUCUCUCAUAUUCAUUUUUUUGAUCUGAAACCCAAAUGUCUUAAGUAUACAACAAAAACAAAGGAAUUUACCUUGGCGUUCUAAUACCCUUGGAGGGGGCUGUUUAACAUACACAUGUAUUCUUAAAAAAAGAUAACCCAACUAUAGCUUUUUCAAUGUGGAAUCUACUGCAUUGUUAUGGAGCUGUCAGUGUGUGAAACCUGUCACUGCGCUUCAAAUCCAAACCUAAAAACAGUAAUUAGUACGUUCUCAUGUACAUCUACAAGAUAACCCAUAUCAUGCCAUGUCAAUUAGUGAAUUUUGUCUGAACUUUUUUUUUUUUUUUUUACGAAAAUUAACUAUCUAUAUGUAUAUUUUAAAAACAUUGCUUAUGUUAUUUCAAAUAAUAAAUUUGUUUGAUCUUUAA